CAAAAAAGAAUUCCAUUUAAACAAGUUAUAUGAUAUGAAUUCCUCUGGAGCUUUAGCACAAAAUUGCUUCAACCCAGAUGCCAAAUCUAAUGUGAAUCGAAAUGUUGCUGAUUAUCACCCUAGCAUUUGGAAGGAUUAUUUCCUUCAAUAUGCUUCAGAAUCUAUGGAACUUGAUGAAAAAAUUAGGCCACAAAUUGAAUCACUAAAAAAGGAAGUGAGGAACAUGAUUGUCUCAAAGAUUGAGAAUCCCUUUGCAAAAGUUCAUUUGAUUGAUUCAAUAUGUCGUUUGGGUGUGAACUAUCAUUUUCAACAUGAAAUUGAUGAAGCUUUGCUGCACUUUCAUGAGAACUGUGUUGAAAAUGGAGAUCUUAUUAUUGAAGACAACCUUCACACCAUCUCAGUGCUAUUUAGGUUAUUGAGGCAACAAGGAUUUUGUGUUUCACCAAAUGCGUUCAACAAGUUCAAGGAUACCCAAGGAAACUUCAGUGAAAAACUUGCCACUGAUGUUGAAGGAAUGUUAAGCUUGUAUGAAGCCUCACAUGUUAGAAUUCAUGGAGAAGACAUUUUGGAAGAUGCAUUGAAUUUCACUUAUGCUUAUCUUGAGUCAAUUGCCAAUCAAUUGAACCAUUCUCUUUCCUCACAAAUCAAACAUAGCUUAAGACAACCUCUUCACAAGAACAUACCAAGGUUGGAGGCACGACGCUACAUUUCUAUUUACGAGCAAGAUCCUUCCCAUAAUGAAAUACUACUCUCUUUGGCAAAAUUAGAUUUUAAUAUGCUCCAAAAGCUACAUCAAAAAGAAUUCGGUAAUAUUUGCAAGUGGUGGAACGAGUUGGAUGUUCCAAGAAAUUUCUCCUUUGCACGAGAUAGGAUUGUGGAAUGUUGCUUUUGGAUUUUGGGGGUAUAUUAUGAGCCCCAAUUUUCUCAAGCAAGGAAAACAAUGAUGAAAGUAAUUGCCAUGUUAUCAAUCAUUGAUGAUACAUAUGAUGCAUAUGGAACCAUCGAGGAAUUAGAACGUUUUACUAACGCAAUUGAAAGGUGGGACAUUAGCUGCUUAGAUGAUCUUCCAGAGUACAUGAAAAUAUCUUAUACUGCACUGUUGAAGGUUUAUGAGGAAAUAGAGCAAGAAAUGAUCAUUGAAGGAAGAGUAUAUGCCCUGAACUAUGGCAUAAAAGAAUUCAAAAAGACAGUCCAAGCUUAUAUCACAGAGGCUAGAUGGCUCAAUUGUAAUUAUUCUCCAACAACAGAAGAGUACAUUAACAUAUCAUCAGUAUCAUGUUGCUACCAAUUGCUUGCUACAACAUCAUAUAUUGGCAUGGGAGAUAUAGCAACAGAAGACAUCUUCAGUUGGGUGACAAAUAAGCCAAAGAUUCUUUAUGCUGCAUCUGUUCUUUGUAGGCUAAUGGAUGACAUUGUGUCCAGCGAGUUUGAACAUAAAAGAGGACAUGUUUCCUCAUUCUUGGAAUGCUAUAUGAAGGAAUACAAUAUAUCUAGAGAAGCUUCUAUUCAAGAAUGCCAAAAAAGAGUUGUUAAUGCUUGGAAAGAUAUAAAUGAAGAAUGUCUUAAGCCAACCAAAGUUCCAACGCUUUUUCUAACUCGCAUUGUCAAUCUCUCGCGUUUUAUGGAUGUAAUUUAUAAGCAUGAAGACAACUACACGCAUUCUAAAGGAGAAAUGAAGACAUACAUUAAAGCUUUGCUUGUAGAUCCGGUGCCAAUUUGAGCAUUAAUGUUGAUUAUUAUAAUCAGAAUAAAAUUUGUAUAGGGAGUAUCCCACAUUACCAAGGCUAGAGUUGUGCGUUUAUUGCUAGGAGAAGUAAGGUAGAGAGAUGAAGUAAGGAUUCAGAAAUAUGGACAAAUUUACAUUGAAACUUAUGAUAAAAUUUACCGUUCAAGAACAUGAGAAAAUUGUUCAAAAAAUCAGAAGAUUAUAGUAGAAGAAAAGGGGGAAAAUGAGUGUAAAAUAAGAAGUUUAGGUUUGGUUGACUCGGAAGUUUAACGGCGAUUAUGGAAUCCUUGAAUCCCCAUUCAUCUUUGUUGGAAAUUAAAUCGAGAAAUCAGUAGUUUAUAACUUGUCUUAUUUUUGGAUUUAAGA